AUGUCUUCAGAGUACGAGCUCUCCCCUCAGGCUCAGGCGGCGCUGCAGGGGUCGAUGACGGCAGAGUAUCCGUGGACCCUGAGCGACUGGACGCAGCCGCCAGACUUGAGCACUGCUCAGGACGACGAGCUUGACGGCUUUGCGAGAGACGAUGAGUUGGACGUCUCCAUAGAUCUCGAGCGCAUCAUUAAGUCUGGUCGACCGACCCCUUCGGUCAUCUCGUCGGAAGGAGGCUUUCCGACACGGAACACUGAGACUGGCCGCCUCGAGAAUGAAGUGGAGACAAAGCGUCCAUCUUUCUGGGGCUUCAGAAGCGGAGAGUCGACGAAUACCCCACGAACAAGGACCCCAACGGCCGUCACCACACAAGACAACACAACCAUGCCUUCUGUCCGACGCAGCGGGCAAGGGACGGAGAAGAGGUCUUCCCAAGUUUCGCGCCCCACAGCCACGCCGAAGUCCUCGAAUGAAACGCCAACCUUCACCUCAACGAGAACUCGCUCUGGUAUGACAUCGCGGCGCGAGUCGGCUCUCAACCCUGCCUCCAAUCCCGACAAUUCUCAAAUGCAAAGGAAGCGCAAGAGAAGCGACUCCUCUCCGGAUGCAGCCACACCCACGGUCGAAGAAGACCACACCGCCGGCCAAGAGGAUACACGCAACGAUCCGACCCUCGUGUGGGACUACACCCAACGUGUCGUCCUCCACUUUCUCUUCGUACACACCGUCACAACCAACCAGGAGAAAGAGGAUAUAUUCAACAACGUCUUCCAAGCCGAGUUGGCGUCACUUGGUUUCAAGAGCACAUUCCCGUACGCAAACAUGCGUAAGCAGGAAGCAGAGAAGCGACGAAAGUACCGGCCUGUUCCUCCGGAGUGGGUCACCAUCGUGGCGGAAGACAGGGCGGAUCGAGCGGGUCGUAAUGGUGCUGUCGGUAGUGCAGCUCGGGCAAGGCGGGAUGAAAUCAAGGCUCGCGUGGUUCAAGCCGCUAGAGAUCUCAACAUCACGCUAGACAACUAG